CAGCACGUCUAUCAGACCGACGAGCGACCGACUGCCGAAACGACGACUGCGUUUCGUUCGAUAUUGGAACGUGUGGCCGUUCGCCGCGGAUGUUGGCGCAUUCAACUUCGAGAGCACGGGAUACGCUUGCGCAUGAUGCGCCCCCACUCCAACUACAUCGCCCUUGGGUCGCCGUCGAACAAACCGUCGGAAGGCGCGUCCCAAACGCCGCCGACGCGCGUGUUUUGUCCUGUCCCAGGAGGUCACUCUAACAAAACAGGGUCGUCCGAAGUGUGGGACCCUGCCAAGCUCGUGCCCCAGCUCACGGUGGACGAAGCGCAGAACCUCGAGUGGAACUAUGGCCACGUGUUGACGAGGCAUCGGUCUGUCAAGGGCACGAUCGAAUCCCCCUCCCGCACGUACGACGACGAUGUCGAGGCCGAAGAGCUCAAGGUGCUCCUCGACCCGUACUAUGACGUUACGACGGGGCGCUUGCGCCGCAUGUACCAGCACUUCAACCCCCGCGCGUCGGCAGGGGUCAACUACGACGAGUUUGAGAAAGGUUUGUUUGCGCUCGGCAUCACGCCGCCGCCCGGGAUGGACUUUGGCCAAUUCACGCGAAAGGUCGAUGCGGACGGGGACGGGAUGGUGAGCCUGGCGGAAUUCGUCGCUGUCGUCCAGAUGAUCAAGCAAGCCCACUUGUUCAAACCGGAGCACAGCCACCAAGACUCGACAGCACGCUCUGCCCUUCGCGUCGUCGACUACUCGCCAACGCACGUCCAUGCCGUGGAUCCCGUGCGGCACGUGCAAGGCUUUAUGUUUUCCGCCAAGCCGGCAUGGGCGACGGUUCGGUGGGUCCACCUUGCCGGAUUCCAGCGCAUGGACGACCUGAACGUCCGCCGGCUCGCCAUCAAGUACCAGCUCCAUCCGUUGGCGGUGGAGGAUUGCCUCAGCGCCGACGACAAGAUCCGGUGCAAGUACGAGCACUAUGACGACCACUCGUUCCUCAUUGUGCCCGUCCUGCGGCCUCUGGACGUGUCCAAGCGCUCCCACUUGGAAGCUUGCAUCAACGAUCGCCGCCGCGCGCUAUUCCACAAGGACAGGACUCUUCGAAAGGGCGGUGCGCUCGACAACACGCGUGCGUCGUCCAUGCUGUCGUUUUUCAAACCGACCACGCCGACGGUAGCCGCCAAGUCGUCGCCCCACGGCGGCGGACGGCCGUCAUCGCGCCAUCACAAGCGCCUCGAACUCGAAUCGAAACUCGACAAACUCCAUGUCCUCAUGCGGCAACCGCAGCAAUUGUGCGUGUUUGUGUCCAAGGACAAGGCGCACGUGCUGAGCAUCCAGGAGGAGGAGGAGGCCGGUGCGCCGACCGAGACGACGGCGCGGCCGCUGUGGCACGUGAUCUACGACCGAAAUUUGACCAAAUCGUACUCGAAGCUGCGUAACCACGACGCGACCUUCCUCGUCGUGUCCAUCCUGGCCGCGACCGUCGACGAAAUGAUGCCGCUCGUCGCGGUCUUUGAGUCGACGCUCAAGAUGCUCGGGAAGCUCCUCCGACUCGAAGGCAUCCAGUUCAACCCAAAGCGCCUCGCGCGCGCCCAGAAGCACCUGGUCGGGCUCGAAAAAGUCGUCCGGCCCAUGCUGGAUUUGGUGCAGGACCAGCUCCUUGACCAGGACGAGUUUCGCCACGGCGAAGUGAAAAAUUACCUCCGCGACGUGAUGGACCACCUCAGGCAAAUGGCUGUCGACAUCCGCGACCACCACCAAACUCUGGCGGCGCUCGUCGACGAAGACAAGCAGCUCCGCGCCCAGCACAAGGACGACGUCAUGUAUGCCAUGUCGGUCGUGGCCGCGUGCUUUCUCCCAGGCACGUUUAUGACGGGCAUCUACGGGAUGAACUUUGAAAACAUUCCCGAGCUCAAGCUCGAGUACGGGUACUACGUGUGGUGGGCGGUGCUCUGUGUCAUCGUGGCCUUGCUCCUGGUCUAUCUCAAAGUCAUUAAAAAGUGGAUUUAGCCGCCCGCCUUUGGUAGCCGGCUACACACGAGGCCAGCCGACGCAGCCGGCGCCGGGCGGCUGCCAUGGACACCGCAGAGGAGCAGCUGACAUUGGUUGGAAUAAUGUGAAUCUAACGGCGAUCGGUUGCGGGGGGUAUGCGUCGAGGGCGCCGUCGACGAUCCGUCGGUUAUGUGGGAAAGAUCGUUGGCGUGGAUUCGAUUGCGGCUGGACGGAUGCCGUGUAAAACAAUCGGCGCACGUGCCAGCGACAUGGCCGACGUGUCCGUGUCGAGGCACCGGGUGCUGUGGGUGCGGCGUUCCAAGUCGUGCACCUUCCAUGGCAUAGCACCUGGGCGGCGCAAGAGGUCCGACCGAGUGACGGCUUGAGCCAGGUCGUGUUACCGGCAUCCACCCAUGCGGGCAACUGCCAGUUCGUCGAGCGGCUGCGACCGCCCUGGCGUCACUGUAUAUGUAUCGCGCGCGCUAGGCCAACGAGAUCGAGGCGCCCCCCUGCGUGCAACCAACAUCGACGCGUACACACACCAGCAGCGGCAUCGUAGCGCCAGGCGUGGCCACAAGGACGCCCAUGUUGCGGCGGCAUCGACGCGGUGCCUUUCCCGACGCAUCCCUGUCGCCCAUCCGUG